AUGAUUCACUAUGGCAAAGUUAUUGCCUGGGCCGCAACGGGCGACCUUGGGAAGGCUGAUACGGAACGAGACCUUCAUCACGCUGCCGCAAAGACUAUCCCUCCUACUCGCAAAGACUUCCCGAACCUGAUAACCGACGUCCUCAAAAUCUCAGAUGCUAUGUUAGACGGCAAAAUUGAAUACCGUCGAGGUGACUAUGACAAAGCUUUCGAGAUUCUGCGAAGAGCCGUACGCGCGGACGAUGCUCUCCGGUACACCGAGCCUUGGGGGUGGAUGGUACCAACCCGACACGCAUAUGCUGCUUUGAUGCUCGAGCAAGGUCAUGUGGAAAAAUCUUCCCAGGAGGAUCUUGGACUUGAAGGUUCUCUUACCCGGGCUCAUCAGCACCCAAAUAAUGUAUGGGCCUUGCGUGGCUACCAUGAAUGUCUUACGUGUCUCGGCCAUGAGCCUGAGGCGCGUAUCAUCAAGCAGGCGCUCGACUGA